AUGGCUUCAACACUAAAGAUACCCGAUUAUCUGAAGUCCAACGUCGUGUAUGAAGCUACAUGUCCAGUAUGUGGUGAUAAAUACUUGAAUAAAGUACGUCAACAUUUAACAAGAAGUUUUAAUGAACAUAUAACUGAUCAGAAUAAAUGCAUACCUGUACAUUCACAGCCUGCUGCUAUUACCAAAAGUGUAUCAGUGACACGGACAGGAAAACUUCCACCGUCAAUUAGAAACGCCAAUAGUGCAGAAAGUUGA